GUCUAAUCACAGUGUCCCAAACACCGCCUAAGUCCUAACUUUCUGUCUCUCUCUCUCUCUCACGCCCGCUGGCCAGGGAUUCCAGUCUUUGAUCUCCCCUGUUCUUUCGCCUUGGAUCUCGAUUUCAAUUUAGUCGUCUUGUUCAGUGAGUAAGAUCGGAGGUAAAAUCCAGGAAGACACUGCUAGAGGCUUUGAAGGAGAACUUGCUAUACCGAAAUACUAAGUUCCAGGAACAGCUUGUGAUGUCUGAUCCUGUUAUUCAAUCAUAUCAUGAUGGUGAUGACAAAGCCGAGCAAUCUAAGCAUUCUUUUCAAUCUGUUUGGCUGUCUCAUUGGAUGCGAACAAGCUGUAGGGCGGCACCUCAAGUUCAUAAUGAAACAUCUUUGGGUGUUGAGAAGAACAACGAUUAUGAUGCCAACAAGCACCACUUGCAAGGUGGGCUUGAGGUAGCAUCUGAUAUUUCUUUAUCCACUGAGGGAUUUACUGAAGUAACUGAAGCCAGAACUAUUAGAAUCAUGAAUAAUGGUCUGGCAACAAGCUCAAAAAACUUGAUAAAAAAGAAAUUAGAUUGCCAUCGCUUUCCAGGGUUCAGCCUUUGCCAAAAUAUGAGAUGUGGCUUGGAUCCACAGGAUAAUCCAGACAGUUCUUGUGACGGGCAAGUGUCAAGGCCCCAAAUUGACUGCAACAUUGAGCACAAUGCUUCUACAACUGUGAGUCAUUUUCCUUUAGUACGUGAAGCGGUUCCAACUGCAACAGAAACCUUGUCAAAAUGCUAUUUUCAGUCUAAUGGCAUAUCACACCAUGCUGAAGAGCCACUUAGUCCUCCAAAAGUUUCUGGUGAUGACAACUUGGCUCUUGUAGGGCCUUGUCAGGACAAUUUUACUAGGUUGAAUCAGAUGGUGCCCUACAGAUCUGACAAAGGAAAAGCUCCCAUGCUAUCUUUUAUGAGUAGACAAGAAGAAAUGAACCAUCUAGUCUCUGCUAUAUCAUCCAAAGAACACAUAUCAACUGCUAAUGCUACAAUUUUGAAACAUGAACAUGAUAACUAUAAGGGAUGUUCUGCAAUUCUGGCCUGCGAGAAGAAACUGGAUGAUUGCUCAACCUGUGGAAAAUCUGGAACUUCAUUUCCAAGGCAGAGUAAUGCAUCCUUGUCAAUCCAUGUUCCCCUUAAAGGCAAUAAUCAUUUACCUGUACUUAUUGGAGAUCGGUACCAGAAGAUGCAUAAUUGUUCAGGUUCUGGGUUUAUUCCAAGCUGGAGAAAUUCCCCAGAUGCAACCAAUUCAGAAAAGUUAUAUCAUGGUUUUUAUUCAAUGCUAAGGAUACCAAGUUCAAUACAUGAUCUGGAGACUACAAGAAUUUGUAGAAGAAAUCUCAUGGACGGAUUAGCUGGAAAUGCAGCCCCCUUUUCUGAGACAAAUCGUAGUUUGUUAUUAGUGAAAAAGGCUGAUGUUAGCUGGUCAAAAGAAUAUGAAACAUUCAGAGAGUCAACAGUGUCUGAUAAAUCAAAAGGGAACAUGUUCAAUCAGCUUCUAAGUUCAUCAACUCCUUCAGGGCUGGGUCAACGAGUAGUAAAGCUUCAGCCUCUAGGUAGCUCCACUGAUAGUGAGGGAAAAGAUGAUACUGAAGAUAUCAGAACUCCUGAAGUUUGUCUGAAGAAUGAAUCAUCUGCCGAGACUAAUACCAUGGACAUUGAUGCUUUCAAGGAGCAGAACCAUAUUUAUGUUGGAAAUUCUUCUGCAUCAGAUAAGGAUAUCUUGGUGGGCCAAAACCCACCAUCUCAUGAUACAGUUGCCUCUGCUGGAGAGGAGGAGGUUGAAUGCAGAUUGGCUAUCACCAGGUUACCUGACAUUAAUGAAGAAAUUCCUGCACUUCCAGCUGGAAAGAGCUCAGUGGACAAUGCAGAACCAAGCAAUUCAAAAACCCUGAGCUUAGAUGCUGAACAUCUCCUUCACGCUGAACAGCCCAGUAAUCCAUCCUCGAAUCAUUACCCGAACAAUCAGCCAACGCUAGACCCAGACUGCAGAUGGCUUAAGCGUCUCAGACUAAGUGAUUCAGUUUCAAUUGCACUUGGUACUAAAUGCUCAAGUAUGGGAGACCCAUCGUCGCAUGAGAAGGUAAAUAAGUUAUUCAACAAAAUUAUCAAAGACAGCAAAGACAGUAGCCUGGAAACAACACCUCAGAAAUCUCAUGGCAAAGAAGAGAUGACUGCAGCUCAAACUUCAAUUUCUUUUGGGAAAAGAGUUUUCUCUUCUGUGGGUUCAGGAAAGAGAGAUAAAGACAUGCUACUUUCAAAUUCUUGGAUACGGAGGUGGUGUCGUAAUCAAGCUGCAACUGAACAGGGGAAGCCUAAGGUAGCAGUUGUUUGUGAGCCACGGAGUAGAAAGAUGGAAUUUCAUGAGCUUCAAAACAAGCAGUCUCCGAGCCUUGCUGCUAUGGCUUUGAUGGCAAAGGCCAUGACUGGGUUUCCACCUUGUGAGUUGCGUAGAACGGGUUCAUUUGUAGUUUGGAAUACCAAAGGUUUCUAAUGAACUCCGUGUUGAACAGUGAACUGCAAAUCAAGGAUUUUGCAGAUCAUAUCCUACUAUUUCCUUCACUUCUAAUGCUUCCUCCCUCUCUAAAUGUGCUGAAACUUGAUAUCGAGAUUGGAGCUCAGUAUAUGAAAUCCAUGGUGCUAAAACUAGAGCAGGUACGCUUAUGGGCGAUUGUUAUCGGGUAAAUAUUUCAGUGAAAUUCAAGAUAUUAAAAGAACUAACUUUAGAUGAAAUAGUAGUAUAGUUAUUCAGUCGAGGCAGUCCAAUACAAUUUUCACCGACUCCUCUCAGAUAGAGAUCUAAUAGGUAAGAAUCCCUUAGAUUGAAGCUCAACCGAUCUACUAAGGAAGAAAGCAGCCAGUUGGUGCAGUCUCAAAUUACUCAAUAAAUUAUCUUAUAUCUAUAAACCCCCUCAUUGAUGCUCUUAUGCCUUACAUACAAAGUUGAAGGUUCUAUACUUGUAUUAUACAAACUAGAAUAUAAGUGUCGUUUGCUUAAUUGGUUUUGCAUGGGCUUGUCAUAUACCCCCAAACUAGCCCAUGGGAAUUUCAAUCCCCAUUAUAUGACUGUGCCAUCGUCAAUUAUUGCCUUCUCUACUACGACAGUGAUCCCUGACCGUAUGUAAAAUCCUUCCUCUGGUCUGUCGGCUUCUUGAACACCCUGCAAACAAACAAUUAACAUACAUGAAUAUGCUUGAUGUUGCCCCAAAAAACUACUUUCUCAGUAAAGAACUGAUAAAAGGACUCCAAAAGCAUGAGCACUGGAACUUACAUCUUUGUUCAUGAUGACAACAUCUUUGCCUACCUUUGCAUUCUUGUCAAUUAUACAGUUCCUUCAAGGUCAUACGAGGAAUUACACUCAUCACAUUUGAGCCUAUAAAUCUCUCAAGAUACAUACUUCAAAAAUUCUCUUUAUUUAUGCACCUACAUACCUUAUUUUUGUAUUCCUUCCGAUUCCCAUUGGGACCUUGCCCUCUGCCAGUAAAGCUGCAAUUUCUGAUUCAGUUUGGUAGUAGUCUGCCCCCAACAUCAAGGUCCCCUACAUGGAUGAAUUUAGGAAGAAGGUCAAUGAAGUUGGCAUUUCAGUUAGUCGUCUUAGAAGUUCCCAAGUCCUGUCUUUAUCUAUAUUGCUGGUCUGGGCUUUCUUACUUGGAGAACUAACUGUCUAAUGAUACUCUCACCUUAAGCUCAACCCCAGAGUCUAGUCGCGAUCGUUCACCCACGAUAGUGUGUUCAAUGCUGCAUUCUCUCAAGAAACAACCAUGUGAAAUAAUUGAGUCCUUAAUCUGCAAAACCAACUGAAACUUCAGAAGCAAGGCACUUAGAAGGCGGCACAAACAAUGUCAAUGUCCCAUGUAUAUUAUGCUACUGUACCCGGCACUUGUCCAUUUUGGUUGGUGGCAAGAACCUAGGAGAUGUGAAGAUUGGUGUCUUUGGAUCAUAAAAUUCAAACUUAGGAGACUGCAUUAGAGAGAAUAAGCAUGUCAGUUUAGGAUGUGAGGAUCACCUCAAAUAAGAUACAAGUUGCAGUCAAAUUCGCUAAUUAUUUGUCGUAUAUGGAAAUCAGAAGGGAAUUAAUAUAAUAAAACGAACCUCUUCUGUUAGGGCCAAGUUAGCCUCAUAGAAAGACUUUAUCGUUCCAAUGUCUUCCCAGUAAUCUCUGAAAAUAUAUGCCUGACAGAGAUAAUUUAUAUUAGUUAGCCAUAAAGAAACCUUUCCUCAAACAAAUUCAGUACCCUGAGAGAGAAAGUAAGCUUUUCCAUUAACAACCGGUCCCAAACUUGAAUAAUGAUAAGGACUGUAUUAGGCAGAUUGAUAACUAGUGUAAAACUCGUUGGAUCAAACAACAUGAAUUCUAUAGAGAGAAAGCAAUCUUUGACAGAAACUCAAACAAUCCACCAUCUGAAAUAGAUCAACAGGAGACAAAAAUCGGAAGUCAUCUUCUUACUUGGACAUUGUGCUCCAUCACAGCUGAAGGGAUGAUUUCAGAUCCAAAGUCAUUUGAUGUAGGAUAUCUCCACUUGAGAAGCUUCAACAGAAUAUCUGUUCUAAACACAUAGAUUCCCAUUGAAGCAAUGUAAGGAGCUUUUGCAGCCUCUUGUGGAGACAAACCUAACAGAGUGGUAUCCACCUCCUGUAUCAUAAGCCAACAGGAAACAAAGUCUAAGCUAAUUUGAUCAAACAUAAUUUGGGUCAGAAGUGGUAAUAUGAACUAGAAUUAACAUGAAUUAGCAUAUGCUUACCAUGGCUUCCAGAUCAAAACCCUUUGGUUUUUCAGAAAAUUGUAUGACUCUUCCGUUUCGAUCGAUCUUCAUCAACCCAAAAUCUGAGGCUCGGCUGAAAAAAAAAAAAAAAACAAACAGUGAAA